UGAAAGUCAAUAAGUAUAUCAUACUUGUAUUAGUUAUUUCUCUAUGUACUGACGACAUUAUGUUCCCGCUAAUUGUCUUGCUAGUAUGGGGCAUUGCCGCUGAGUCUUUAAGUUUAGUCAAACCAUAUUACGAAUUAAACGAAGCUCACAACCACUUCAAAAACUUCGUACAGAAACAUGGUAAAACAUACGAUCCCGAAGAAUACUUGAAAAGACUCGCGAUUUUCACUGAAAAUUUAGCAGAUAUCAACGAACGCAACGCCAUGUUCCCGCAAACCGUGUUUGAUAUAACUGGGUUCACUGAUUUGACACCCGAAGAAAUAAAAGCUGGUUAUGGUAUGAAAAUGCUUGAUGAGGAAAUAGAUAAAAUUGCGACUAAGCUGCAUCUCCCUCCUGAGAACAUCACGGCUCCAGAGCAGUGGGACUGGAGGGAUCAUGAAGCGGUCACUCACGUAAAAAAUCAGGGCAAAUGCGGCAGUUGCUGGAUCUUUAGCGCUACUGGCGCUAUUGAAGGUCAAUACGCCAUCAAACACAAAAAGAUGAUCGCCUUUUCUGAGCAGCAGGCCUUGGACUGUAUAAAAAAUGAUCAAAGUAAUUGUGAUGGAGGAAAACCUGACGCAGUAAUGGCUUACCACGAAACAUUUGGCGUUGUCCCAGAAAAAGAUUACCCGUAUACAGGUACACCAUCAACGUGUACCGAAGAUCCUAAAAAGGUCGUAACCAAAGUCAAGGAUUACAAAGUCUAUCAGCCGGAUGAAGAAACGUUGAAACAGCUUGUAUAUGAAAAUGGACCGUUGUCAGUAUCUAUUGAUCCCGCAGACUUCUCCACCUAUCACUCGGGGAUAUUAUACCCCAAAGAUUGCAAAGACUAUAAUUGUCAUGCUGUGUUGUUAGUCGGUUAUGGUAUAGAAAACGGCACCAAGUAUUGGAUCAUCAAAGAUUCUUAUGGUCCCGAAGAAAGAGACCAGGGCUACGUUAAGCUGGUGCGAGGAGUCAACGCGUGUUCUAUGGGGACCAAAUAUACUUUGGCCUGUACUGUUGAAUGAUAUUGUAUUUCAUGGCUGGAGGGACGUCACACACACAACAAUAAUAGUACCUAUAUUUUUAAUUUGGUAUAUAACUUCUCCUCCCUAUACUAUUUUUAACUGUGCGUAUGUUUGUUAUUUCAUUUAUUUUAUUUGCCUCUUUUCAAAUUUCGAAACCUAUACAUAUUUAAGUUCAUUAAAAAGUUAGUUUUACGAUUGUUGAAUAUUUGUAUGUAUAGUAAACUUCUCAAUUUUUCAAUAGUACAUUACGAUACAAGUGCGAAAAAUAGGAAAUUCGAAACGAGUGGCGAUAAAUUAAAACAUGACCGAAGGGAGUGUUUUAAAUCGACACGAGAUGCGAAUUACCUAUUCGCACAUGUAUCGUACAACGUUUUACAGUACAUAUGGCCCUUUAAAUUUUUGACAUUGUUACGUAAUGUGCUAAUUAUCGCACUAGUGCGGUAAAGUACCAAAUUCCAUAUGUACUGUAAAUUAGUUUUAUUUAUGUUGUUAUAUAAUUUGCAAUGCUAUAUGUAUCAAAGUAUGUACUUAUACUACAAGUUUUUUUGGUCUAAAUAAACUACUUUUAAUUUUUAAA